UGGACGAUAAGACUCUGAGCUGCUCUGAGCUUGAAUCUGAUCCGUAGAAAGAAGUUUAAGGAGUGUUUGUCCGUCGACGGACACACACAGUGUACUAGACCGGUGACAAAAGUUAAUACAAGUAUCGGACAGUUAUGGGUGUACCGACUGGUAGAAACGUCGAGGCAAUGGACGUGGAUGUGAAUCCGUCGGACACACAGAACGGCGAUGGUGACGGCGUGGGUGAACGCAGGGACACCGAUAUGCAAACUUUGUGCGACAUUCGGGAGCACACGCGGCAAAUCGAGAAAGCAGUACAGAAUAAAGAACGCUUCGUGCUCCGCGCCCUUCGCGCCUUACCCAACACUCGGCGUCGUCUUAAUCCGGUCGUGCUGCGCGGCCUCGUCACGGGCUUCUACACCAAGUCUGCCGUUGAGCGCGACGCCUUGCUCGCUUGGAUGGAGGAACCGAUGGACGUGGACGAUUGCCAGGCCGUCACCCAGAAGUUCCGUAGUUCCUCGGCAUCUUUGUUGCCCGAAAUUGAUGGUUACAUUCAUUUGCUAGUAUUGAUCCGACUAAUCGACACCGGCAAAUACAACGAGGCAGUGCAGUGCUCGGAGCAAUUGGUCCAGAAAAUUGCUGCACAGAACCGUAGAACCAUUGACUUGAUCGCCGCCAAAUGCUACUUCUAUCACUCGCGUGCGUACGAGCUAACGAAUCAGCUGGACAAGAUUCGUGGCCUUUUACAUCUUCGUCUGCGUACUGCAACUCUACGCAAUGACUUUGAGGGCCAGGCAGUGCUGAUCAAUUGUCUGUUGCGCAAUUAUCUACAUUACAAUCUAUACGAUCAAGCAGACAAGCUGGUGCUUAAAUCGACUUUUCCCGAAUCGGCUAGCAAUAACGAGUGGGCCCGCUUUCUUUAUUACCUUGGCAGGAUUAAGGCUGCCAGAUUGGAGUACUCGGCGGCGCACAAGUAUCUAGUACAGGCUAUGCGCAAAGCACCACAGACUACAGCGGUUGGAUUUAGACAAACUGUACAGAAGUUGGCGGUUGCUGUGGAGCUUCUUCUCGGUGACAUCCCAGAAAGACAGAUAUUCCGGCAGGCUGCCCUAAGAAGGGCCCUUGCCCCGUAUUUUCAGUUGACACAGGCAGUACGUCUGGGCAAUCUGCAACGUUUCGGUGAAGUACUGGAGAACUUUGGUCCGCAGUUCCGUGCAGAUCACACAUUUACCCUGAUCCUGCGAUUGCGGCACAAUGUCAUUAAAACCGCGAUCCGUUCGAUCGGUCUCUCCUAUUCGCGCAUCUCGCCAGCUUACAUCGCUCGUAAACUGGGACUGGACUCUAGUGUGGAUGCGGAGUUCAUUGUGGCAAAAGCAAUCCGCGACGGUGUAAUAGAGGCUACCUUGGACCCGGAGAACGGCUACAUGCGUAGCAAGGAAACCACAGACAUUUACUGCACCAAGGAGCCACUGUUGGCGUUUCAUCAAAGAAUCACCUUCUGCCUAGAUCUGCAUAAUCAGAGCGUGAAAGCGAUGCGUUAUCCGCCAAAAUCUUACGGGAAGGAUUUGGAGUCCGCAGAAGAGCGCAGAGAGCGAGAACAACAGGAUCUUGAGCUGGCCAAAGAGAUGGCUGAGGAAGAUGACGAUGGUUUUCCUUAAAUCUCUCGAAUUCAUGUCUGUUUGUCUUAGACAAGAUGGAAAAUUGGAAAAAAGCAUGGUAGAAGAUAUUAGAAUAUGUGCUUUUCUAAAAACGUUAAAUUGGACUAACAUUAAAUUUAUUGAGUUUAUUAAUUAAAUUUCUAGACACAUCUAUAGUAUGAUAAAGUACCUUUGCCGUGACAUUUAUACUCUCAGCACUCUUCAUGCAUGUUUUGUAAAUGUCAUUAAUCUCAUACAGCACAGAUAAUUCCAGCAAUAUUGCAGCAACAUUACAAUGUCCCAG